AUGUUGCAUCAUCAACCAACCUCCAUCUUCUUCUUCUUCUUCACACUCUUACUCAUCCACCUCCCUCAUUUCACCACCGCACCAAUUCCCUUUCCCGAUUACCCAUGCCAACCACCGCACCACCACCACCUAUUCUGCGACAAAUCCCUCCCAAUUCAAACCCGAGCAACCUCCCUCAUCUCCCUUCUAAGCCUCUCCGAAAAAAUCACUCAACUCUCCAACAACGCUUCCUCCAUCCCCAAUCUCGGCAUCCCGUCUUACCAAUGGUGGUCCGAGUCCCUCCACGGCAUCGCAACCAACGGCCCCGGCAUUGACUUUAAUGGCACCAUUAAAUCCGCAACUGAUUUCCCUCAAGUUAUUGUUUCCGCUUCUUCGUUUAACCGGUCGCUUUGGUUCUUGAUUGGAUCUGCUACGGCUGUUGAAGCUAGGGCAAUGUAUAAUUUUGGACAAGCUGGGUUGACUUUUUGGGCUCCUAAUGUUAAUAUUUUUAGGGAUCCUAGAUGGGGGAGAGGACAAGAAACUCCUGGGGAAGAUCCUAUGGUUGCUUCUGCUUAUGCUGUUGAGUUUGUUAGAGGCUUUCAAGGUGGAAAGGGAAUCAAAAAGGUGUUGAAUGAUCAAGAUGAUGAUGAGAUUAUGUUGUCUGCUUGUUGUAAACAUUUUAAUGCUUAUGAUUUGGAGAAAUGGGGACAGUUUGCUAGGUAUAAUUUCAAUGCUGUGGUAUCACAACAGGAUUUGGAAGACAGUUACCAGCCACCGUUUCGUGGUUGUGUUCAACAAGGGAAAGCGAGUUGCUUGAUGUGUUCUUACAAUGAGGUUAAUGGUGUUCCCGCUUGUGUUAGUGAGGAUCUCAUGGGACUGGUUAGAAACAAGUGGGGAUUUGAAGGGUACAUUACCUCAGACUGUGAUGCUGUGGCUACUGUUUUUGAGUAUCAGCAUUAUGCAAAAUCGCCGGACGAAGCUGUUGCUGAUGUUCUCAAAGCAGGUGUGGAUAUUAAUUGUGGAACGUAUAUGCUUCGACACACCAAAUCUGCCAUUGAACAAGGAAUGGUGAAGGAGGAGGAUUUAGAUAGAGCUCUUCUAAACCUUUUCUCUGUUCAAAUGCGCCUUGGACUGUUUAAUGGUGAUCCGAGAAAAGGCAAGUUUGGCAAACUGGGACCUCAAGAUGUUUGCACACCGGAACACAAAAAGCUCGCACUUGAAGCUGCAAGGCAGGGGAUUGUACUGCUGAAGAAUGACAAUAAGUUUCUUCCCUUGGAUAGGAAGGCUGAUUUAUCCUUAGCUGUCAUUGGCCCAAUGGCAAAUACAAGCAAAUUAGGUGGCGGUUAUUCAGGAAUUCCUUGUUCCCCCAAAAGUCUAUACGACGGACUUAAAGAAUAUGCAAAGACAAUAUCCUACACUUUGGGUUGCCGUGAUGUACAAUGCGACUCUGAUGAUGGUUUUGCUGAGGCUAUUGACAUUGCAAAAGAAGCAGAUUUUGUUGUUAUAGUAGCCGGGAUUAGUACAAUACAAGAGACAGAGGAUCUUGAUCGAGUUAGUCUUCUUUUACCUGGUAAACAGAUGGAACUUGUAUUGCGUAUUGCUGCUGCUAGUAAAAGACCAGUGAUUCUAGUUCUUACUGGUGGAGGACCCCUUGAUGUCUCCUCUGCCGAAACAGAUAAUCUAAUCGCAAGUAUUCUUUGGGUCGGGUACCCUGGUGAAGCUGGUGGAAAAGCACUAGCUGAAAUCAUCUUUGGAGAGUUCAAUCCAGCUGGAAGGCUUCCAAUGACUUGGUACCCUGAGUCGUUUACCAGUGUUCCCAUGAACGACAUGAGAAUGCGAGCUGAUCCUUCACGAGGUUAUCCCGGAAGGACCUAUCGGUUUUACACUGGAAGUAGAAUAUACGGAUUUGGGCAUGGCUUAAGUUACAGUGAUUUCUCAUAUAGGUUUUUGUCAGCUCCAAGUAAACUCAGUUUAUCUAGAAUCACCAAAGGCGGUCCUAGAAAAAGUUUAUUAAGUAAGGCAGAUCAAGAGGCUUAUGAAGUUGAACGUGUUCAAGUUGAUGAGUUGCAAAACUGCAACUCAUUGAGCUUUUUAGUGCAUGUUUCUGUGAUGAACCUUGGUGAUUUAGAUGGAAGUCAUGUGGUGAUGUUGUUCUCAAAAUGGCCUAAAGUUAUGUCAGGUUCUCCGGAAAACCAGCUUGUUGGAUUCAGUCGUGUGCAUACGGUUUCUAACGAACCUAUUGAAACAAGCAUUUUUGUGGAUCCUUGUGAACAAUUGAGCUUUGCAGAUGAACAAGGAAAAAGGAUAUUACCCUUGGGCAAUCACAUUUUGAACAUAGGGGAUGUAGAGCACAUUGUUUCUAUUGAAAUUUAUUAA